GGUGAAUACCUUCCUUCCUACUUACUCAUGGGGGUUGAUUGAGAAGGCUCUCUACUCAGUUGCUCCACCCAGCAAAGAAAUGGAGAGUUAGAAAGAGAAACUUCCCGGCGAAUUUGAGCCAUUUGAGCUCUCAAAAGUUUGGGUCGAAAGUCCUGUGCGUGUUUAAUCACAUGGCACUGUAAACUAUGCUCCAAAGAUGGCGGUAGCAUUGCCAGGAUCUGGUAACAGAGUGCAAAAAAGUGGAUUUCUGGAGGUGUUUGUACGGGAUCGGUGGCACAAAGUGCUGGCCAACUUGAACGAGGAAGCCCUGACAUUGAGCUGCGAAGACGUGGGAGAGAAAGUGAACUUGAACGGGAUUACUAAUGGAUCUUACCCAACGAACGCCACUCACCCGGACCUUACAAACAGCCCGACGACAGGCGUGCGAACAGCUUUCACGGAUUUACCAGAACAAGUGCCAGAGGCUAUCGCGAACAGAAAAAGAUGCGUCAAGGUGGUAAAACAAGAUGUUGGUGGACUUGGGAUUAGUAUUAAAGGCGGGAAAGAGAAUAAAAUGCCUAUACUCAUCAGCAAGAUUUUCAAGGGUCUUGCUGCGGACCAGACCCAAGCGUUGUACGUGGGAGAUGCGAUACUGUCGGUGAAUGGGAUGAACUUGCGGGACGCUACUCAUGACGAGGCGGUUCAAGUACUCAAGCGCGCGGGGAAAGAGGUAACACUUGAAGUGAAAUACAUGAGAGAGGCCACUCCUUACGUGAAGAAGGGCUCGCCGGUGUCCGAGAUUGGCUGGGAGACACCCCCACCGGAGUCACCCCGACUGGGCAGCCCCCCCCACUUGGAUUUUCCCAGCAGCCCCGUCCCCAUGUCAACGCCCACCCCCAGCUUCUCCCUACAGGGGGACCGGCGCUGCAUCCCGCUCAAGAUGUGCUACAUCACCCGUAGCAUGAACACGCCCGACCCCGACAACAGGCAGUUUGAGCUGCACUCCCCAGAUGCCAGGCACACGGUGGUGCUGCGCUGUAAGGACGCGGCGUCUGCGCAGGCCUGGUUCUCCCAGACGCAGGCGGCCGCCACCGGCCUCUGCAGCCGCUACCUGGCAGAGCUGCGGCAGCACGCCGUCGCCGGAUGGAGCGGCAUCGCAGGCAGCAGGGACAUCCGCCAUCUUGGGUGGCUGGCCAGGAAGACAGAGAGUGAGAAGCAGCAUUGGAAGCCGGUCCUGGUGGUGUUGACGGAGAAGGACCUGCUGCUGUAUGACAGCAUGCCGCGCAUGAAGGACUCCUGGCUCAGCCCCGCACACACCUACCCCUUACUGGCCACCAGGCUGGUCCACUCAGGCCCAGACAAGGGUUCCCCGGAGCAGGGGGGCGUGGAGCUGUCGUUUGCCACGCGCACGGGCACUCGGCUGGGCAUCGAGACGCACCUGUUCCGCACCGAGAGCUGCAAAGACCUGUCCCUCUGGACACGACACAUCGUCACCGGCUGCCACUCCGCCGCCGAGAUGAUCAAAGAAGUUUCCACCAGUUGCCUUUACCAGGGCCUGGACUGCAGGCUGCUGAUCCACUAUGAGCGGGGCUUCUCCGUGGUGCCUGAGGAGCAGGAGGAGGAAGGCUGCAGCCCCAAGCCUCUCCUCAGCUACCCCUUCGAGAAGCUACGCAUGUCCUCAGACGACGGCGUCAGGAAGCUACUGCUAGACUUUGGCGGGAAGGAGGGAGAGGUGCAACUGGACCUGCACUCCUGCCCCAAGCCCAUCGUCUUCAUCCUCCACUCCUUCCUGUCUGCUAAGAUCGCCCGACUGGGACUGCUGGCCUGAACUCAACUGUGGUCGAGCCGAGCCGAGCCGAUCUGAUCCGAGCUAACCCAACCGUCGCUGCUGCACACACGUUCACACCACGUACACACACACACACAUAAACAUACACACAGAGACAAACACACACUUAUUCCAAAGGGCACACCGGACAGCCAGGACCAGAGUGAACGGGACUGGACUGAAGCACUGACUCAAACUGAGCGUUCACAGACAAGACACUGACACAGGGCUCCAGGGGGUCCAAAGAUGACAAACCAGGACUCCGAAGAACAAGGAUCACACCACCGCUAACAGAUUGUAGCCAAAUCGUUUUUUCAUGAUUCAAAGCUGUGUGACGAUAACUGCAAAUGAAACCCAAUGACCUGAGCAAUUUGUUUUUUUUCUUUUAAUUCUUUGAUUAUUCAAAUGAUACACUGUGUAGAAAACACUAAAUUGUCAUGUUUCGACUAAAAAAAAAGUAUGCUGGAAAGUAAUCUAGAGUCGUCCAGGCUAAAGGCGCUGACAGGCGUCAGUGUUUGCCUCCUUGUUAUAUUAACAUUAUUUUAAUGGUAGGGAGGGAGGGAUGCACGCACAGGUUGUCGGAUAACAAAGAUGAGGAACACGGUUGUCCUUCAGUGCAUCUCUGGCAGCUAAGGUGAAUUGAAGAAGGUUGUUUUUAACGACUGAAGAUGCUCGUCGAAUGACGCGUUGUAGCAGUGAGAUGUCAUUCCACGCCUGUGUGUCUUAUUUCUGUCUUGAAAGGGAGUAAAACACUGUUGUAAAGUUCAAA